AUGGCUUCCCGUGGAAUCUCAACAAGCAAUAUCUCACAAGGCGAUUCGGAUGAACGUGUUGUCCUUCCUGGCUUCGCAGAAGAACCACGAAUAACAAAGCUCGGAAGCAGUAUUCCGAUACCCUCCCAGUCCGAUAUGCUCGACAGUGAGGGCCCAGAAGAAACUUUCCGUCUGCCCAUGUCGCAAUUUCUGCCCGAAGCCAUAAUCAAUGGCGUUAUCAUGCCUAGGAGUGAGGCUGUUCGUGCCCCAGAUGUAUCAAUGUCUUCUUCUACUGGCAGACUGAAGAGACCCUCUUCAAAUUACAUUCACAGAGAACCAGAGACUGCCUCGCGAGGAGACCUGUUCCAGAUAGCAGCCUCGCCGGAACGCGGGAUCCAACCAAGCUCUAGUGUACUUCGAAAUGGGCCCUUGAAGAAGCCUAAAAGGCCCGGUCCUCCAAANCAUCAGCAGAAGCAGAUAAGAACUGCUCCUCGAAUGAACCUGUUGGACGCAGACGCCUCAUCAAACGACGUGGUUGACUCACAUUCUACAAUAAAUCGUGCACCGCUCAGACAUAACCCUCCACAGCCUUCGAACAAACGGCGAAAACGUAACCAUGAUGCAGUUUUUGACUUUCCGAACUCGCAUCCUAGCUCAGUACGUGAUCCACAAGAGGUCACAAACUCGUCUGUACCCAGCCCAACAAACGAGAAGCGAACAACUCGCUCUAUGCGGCGUCUAGUGGCGCCUGGAUCUGAUUCUAAGCAACCUCUACGCAGCCAGUACCGGAAGAACGAUGGUUCGAGUCCAGUAGCUCAGGAUCAGCCCGUUCUCCCUGCGAAUGUCCCAUCUCAUAUACCAUACGAGCAGCAACCCAUGCUCAAGUCUCACCAUCGAAGUCUCCCUGGUUCAAAACAGGUCGUAGAGGUUGUGAUUGAUGACACUGCCUCGAUUCGGCUUCCAAAGGAGGACACAAACACCAGCAACCAGAAAACAUCCUCUCCAACCAUCGCCCAGAACAACGUCACAGUGAAUUCACCAGUCCCAUCAGCAGACGUCGUGCAAGAUCAAGAUCACGCCAGUUCGGCUGCCCCAGCAGAUUCUGUAGCUUCUCCGGUGGUCGUCAACGACGUGCAGUCACCUGCGAUUGAAGGAGGCCAGGAAUGCUCCCAUGAAGACUCUCCUCUCUUCGAACCUUAUCCGCAGCCUACAAGAGAUGCACGGUCACAAGCCGAAGUGCUUGCACAUGAUGUUAAGAGAGUACAGGAGCUCCACGACCAGUAUGGUCCCGGAGAUGAGUCUGAGAACUACACUGCAGAAAUCAACGAUUGUGAGGAUGAGGUCAACAGCUCCGAAAACAUCUCCAUGCCAGAAGACCUGAACGGCGCUCUUGAAAUGGCACACCGUAUCCACGAAAACGCUGAGGAAAUCCGACAGGAGUUCGAUGGCAUUCACAUCCUGAAAAGUUAUGGUAGACUGAAGAGAACCAUCGUGCAGUGGAAAGCGGCACAGAACUAUAGCGAAGCAGGCCAUCUUGUUCAGUCCUCUAACGAACUCACGAAAGAAGCAAAGGCAAUCUUCCAGAAGCCAGUGUGGGACCAGCGCAAAGGGCUCGAUUACAUAUAUAAACGAUUAUUGCCGACACUUGUGCGCAUGUUGUAUAUCACCUUGGUAUACCACCUCUCGAAAGUUCGGACCAUGAAUAAACUUCCCUAUGGACGACUGAAAGAAUCGGAAAGCGUGGUCAACGCUAUAGUUCUCAUCUUCGAUCAAGCUAGGAGUGCAGGAACACGAUACACUCGUACACGGGAUACUAUCUCAAUGGUCGCUAGGAUCAAGAAGGUAUCUCAAAGUCUUGGUGAACUUCUGAGAGGCUUCCCACUGGCGAAAUCGAGAAUGGAGCAUACCCAGAGACUUCACACUCAAAGAUCGCAGUCAGAGGCAGUUGAUCGAGAAGGAGCAGUUGUCCGAGAAGGAGCAGUCGUCCGAGAAGAAACAAUUGACCGCGAAGAGGAAGACGAAUCAAAAGUGAGGGAGUGGAGACACCGUUGGAAUGUGCUCCAUGACCAAAGACUCGGUGCGGCAAUGGAGGGUCGUGUUUUCUUCAGUCCCGGACAGGACCGCCACCUGCGACGAAUUCCUCUCGAUAGUCCUUAUGUCCCUCCUCCUUAUUGGGAUCUUGACAUGCAUGUCAGCUACUUAGCAGUAGGACUUGAAGACUUUGCUGACAUCUUCCGCAAAUAUUGUCGGCAUGGUGGACCGCUUGAGGAGUUCAACGUGGCAGAGAUAGUUGACAAGGCAAUGUUACUGAAGGAAGCAAUUACGAAGGUAAUCGAGGAGGACGGCGAGGAGCUGGACCAAUGGGUCAAGGAUAUAUUUGAUCCGAGAGUGCCUCCUGAAGGUUUGCGGCCAAGGGAAGGUCACUAA